UCGCGCGCCCGCUCCCUAUAUAACCAACGCAGACACGACCACGAGACGCCUCCGAUCCACCUUAGCUUCCCGGCGAGAGCCACCACCGUCUCACUACCCAGCCAGUACUACCUCUCACAGUCACAGCUGAAGCAAGGAGAUCGCACCGAUCGAGGCAGGGGAGGGCAGCUGCGGCGGCAGACCGGCCGGUCCGAGCGACAUGCACAGAGCCUCACCGUGGAACUCCUCUUCUUCCACCUGGUCGUCGUCGUCGUCGUCUUCCGCCCCGCGCAGCAGCAAGCGCGCCCGCCUCGCCGCCGCCAGCGCCAGCAGGCUGCUGCCCUGGCCCUCGCGGCGCGGACCGGCCAGCCAUGGCGUCGCCCUUUCCGCCCGGCUCUUCUUCCUCUUCCGCUUCGUCGCCCCUCUCUUACCUGAUCCCUAGGCAGCCGCCGCCUUCCUCCGUCGUGGCGCAGGGCUUCUCGUGCGGCGCUCUGGUGCAGCAGGCCGGAGGAUUAUACGGUGCCGACGGCGUCGGGGCGCUGGAGGUGAGGCAGGGGGGCAGGCACGCGGGCCACCCGCCGCUGCCGCGCCCGCCGCCGCGGCAGUGCCCGCGCUGCAGGUCGGCCAACACCAAGUUCUGCUACUACAACAACUACAGCCGCAAGCAGCCGCGCUACUUCUGCCGGGCGUGCCGCCGGCACUGGACCGAGGGCGGCACGCUCCGCGACGUGCCCGUCGGUGGCGGCCGCAAGAACAGGCGCAACGGCGGGGGCAAGGGCGGCGCUAAGGCUCCCUCCACCGUCGUCACCACGGAGGUGUCUGCUGCGGCGGCGACGGCGGCUACGCAGGGCAGCGGUGCAGGCGGACCGGCCGGCGCCGUCGACGCGUUCAUCCCGGCCGACAUCCUGAGGCAGAUGCUGUCCCAGUCGGCAAGCUUCACGGCCGUCGGCGGGGGCGGCGGCUACGGCAUCGACCUGAGCGCGUGGCAGCAAAUGAGCGGUGCCGCACCAGCACCGCAGGGCGCCAGCGAUGUUGGCGCGGCCGGAGGCACGGCUCCGGCGGCAGAUGCCAACUGCGGCACAGGCGCGCAGUACUGGAGCGGAUGGCAGCUGCAGGAUGACAUGCCCGGUUUCGACGGGACUUUCUAAGCAGUACGACGUGAGCUUCGGGGUGGGGAGGUUCCAUCGUUCGUCUAGCUGCGCGUGCCCACGAUGUUCCGGACGAAAAAAAUGACAAUCUGUGCACUUUGGCUUCCGAUCUGCCACUAUAUAAGUAUGCUUGUAUAACAGUGUGAGUAUUCCUCUCGUACGUGCUUAAUAUAGUAAAAUAGUAUACUA